CAGAGCCCCGGAGUCGAAGCCGGUUUCUGAGUCAGUCCUGUAGUCGCCCGCCUCAUCUUUCCUUUCACUAUGACAGAUGCCGCCGUGUCCUUCGCCAAGGACUUCCUGGCAGGUGGAGUGGCCGCGGCCAUCUCCAAGACCGCGGUAGCGCCCAUCGAGCGUGUCAAGCUGCUGCUGCAGGUGCAGCAUGCCAGCAAGCAAAUCACCGCAGAGAAGCAAUACAAGGGCAUUAUAGACUGUGUGGUUCGGAUCCCCAAGGAGCAGGGAGUCCUGUCCUUCUGGCGUGGUAACCUGGCCAAUGUCAUCAGAUACUUCCCCACCCAGGCGCUCAACUUUGCCUUCAAAGAUAAAUACAAGCAGAUCUUCCUGGGUGGUGUGGACAAGAGGACCCAGUUUUGGCGCUACUUUGCAGGGAAUCUGGCCUCAGGGGGUGCCGCUGGGGCCACCUCCUUGUGUUUUGUGUAUCCUCUUGAUUUUGCCCGUACCCGUCUAGCGGCUGAUGUGGGCAAAGCUGGAGCUGAAAGGGAAUUCAGAGGCCUCGGUGACUGCCUGGUUAAGAUCUACAAAUCUGAUGGGAUUAAGGGCCUGUACCAAGGCUUUAACGUGUCUGUGCAGGGUAUUAUCAUCUACCGAGCUGCCUACUUCGGUAUCUAUGACACCGCAAAGGGAAUGCUUCCAGAUCCCAAGAAUACUCACAUCUUCAUCAGCUGGAUGAUCGCACAGUCCGUCACGGCGGUUGCUGGGUUGACUUCCUAUCCAUUUGACACUGUUCGUCGCCGCAUGAUGAUGCAGUCAGGGCGCAAAGCGACUGAUAUCAUGUACACAGGCACGCUUGACUGCUGGAGGAAGAUUGCUCGUGACGAAGGACCCAAAGCUUUUUUCAAGGGUGCAUGGUCCAAUGUUCUCAGAGGCAUGGGUGGUGCUUUUGUGCUUGUCUUGUAUGAUGAAAUCAAGAAGUUUACAUAAGUUAUUUCCUACUUUUCCCCCGCUGUGAACAGGCAUGUUGUAUUAUAUAACAUAUCUUGAGCAUUCUUGGCAGACUGUUGGCUGUCUAUUUAUCAAUGGCAACUAUUUACUGGUUGAAAAUGGGAAGCAAUAAUAUUCAUCUGACCAGGUUUCUCUUAAAGCCAUUUCCAUGAUGAUGAUGGGACUCAAUUAUAUUUUGUAUUUCAGUCACUCCUGAUAACAAAUUUGAAGAAAUAAAAAAUAUCUGAAAUAUAA